UCACACACACACACACACACACGCACACACACACACACACACACACACACACACACACACACACACACGAAGCCAGAGGCUGCAAGAACCAUGUCAGGACACGGAACGGACCAGGACUCGAGGUACACAUACUCAUACCUUCCAGGACAGUGAGGAACCAGCAGGAUGAGGACGACAGCUAAGAGUGAAGACAUCAGAGCGGGACAGGUUGAAAGGUGGGUGAUGAAGACGGAGAGACAGACAGAGAAAGAUGUGUGACUGAGCUGCAGUUUCCCCACCUGUCAGAGAAGUUUGAAGGAGUGCUGCUCUCAUGGCGGGACCGACCACACAGGAGCCCUUAAAGACGCAGCAGAAGUGCAUUGCCAUCUUCGCCCUUCUCUGCUGCUGUGCUGUGCUGGUGGCGCUGAUGUUUUCAUCAGUGGACAUUUGGGGGGACGAUGAGGACGGUAUCACAGAGGAAAACUGUAGCAGUGACUGCCGUAUCGUGCUUGUGGAGAAUAUUCCAGACGACCUCUCUCUCCCCUUGGAUGGCGGACCCCACCUCCCUCUCUCUGUUGGCUUUCAUACAUUGUUGGACCAGGCAAAGCACUCAGUUGAGGUGGUGUCGCCUGUCUGGGCCUUAAACCCCUGGGACCUGGAAACAAUGCCAAGCACUGCCAAACAGGGUCAGCUGUUGUUCCAGAGACUGCUCAGCCUGAAGUCUCAUGGGGUAAAACUGAAGAUUGCCAGCAGUCUGACUAACUCUGCUGAACUGAAGACCUUGGCAGCACACAAUGCAGAGGUUCAUUUUGUUAAUAUGACAGCUUUUACCAGAGGAGGACUCCAUUCCUCAUUCUGGAUAGUGGAUCGGAAGCACAUUUACAUCGGGAGCGCCGAUAUGGAUUGGAGGUCACUCUCCAAGAGGAAAGAACUGGGGGUGGUUGUGUAUAACUGCAGCUGUCUGGCUCUGGACCUCCAUCGAGUCUUUUCCUUCUACUGGCAGCUCCAUGAGAGGGACUACAUCCCCUCCAUCUGGUCGAAAAGAGUUACAGCCCUCUACGGGAGGCAUGACGCCCUGGAGCUGCAACUCAAUGCUACCGAAGCCGCUGCUUAUGUGUCUACCUCUCCUGAACUCUUCUGCGCUAAAGAUCGCACCCGAGAUAUAGAUGCCAUCUAUCAAGUCAUCCAGAGUGCAAAGACAUUUAUCUUCAUAUCAGUGACGGACUACCUCCCUCUGGUGAGCAGGAGUUUCAGAGGAACCUCAGUCACAAGGUACUGGUCGCCUAUUGAUGAGAUGAUCAGAGAGGCUGUGGUACUGAGAGGGGUCAAAGUUCGACUGCUGAUAAGCUUCUGGAAGAAGACUCAUCCUCUCACCUUUAACUUCGUCGCCUCCCUCAAGUCCCUUUGCAUGCAGCUGCACAACUGUUCAUUAGAGGUGAGGUUUUUUAGUCACAAGGAGCAAGAGGAUGAUAUUCAACAUGGGCUCAACCACAACAAAUACAUGGUGACCGACAACGCCGUCUACAUUGGUAACCACGACUGGGUCGGGAGUGACCUUGCUAUUAACACAGGAGUUGGGCUGGUGGUCAAGAUGAAAAACAAUCUUAAAGACAGGGGACUGACAAUCCUGCAACAUGUCAAGGCUUCUUUUGAGAGAGACUGGAGGUCACGUUACGCUAAGAGCUUACAAGGAAACAAAGAUCAACAGGGCAAACACAGAAACCUGCAACAAGCGAAAAUGCAUAUGGAGUCUAAGGAGGGAAAAGAGUGGAACAGCCUUUUACCUUUAUAAGCACAACAUGUCUUUCUAUAUCCUCAAGCGUCAUAAGGCUGAAUACUCCAGGUUUUACAGCGCAUAUAGAGAAUGUGACUUACUCUAUUAGACUUGACUUUAAUUUUACAACAUGAUUUUUAUAGGUUCAAUUGCAGUCAACUGUGGAAGCACUGAGAGAAUAAGUAGAACAUAAAUUCUGAUGAUCUAUUGAUGUUAUAAAUCGUUUUCUCUCCUGUGUUUAUGACAUUUCAUCUGUGCACAAAAGUGUUGUUGUUAUAAUACUCAUUUUGACCUGAAGUGCACCACUAGCGCAGGUUCUGCUUCACAGAGGAGAAGAAUGACGGAACUUAUAAAAUAUUUUCUUGUUAAAACCUUUUUCCGCCUGUUCUUACUGUCGGUCAUGAACACAGGAGACACACAAUUAGGAUCAGACUUAGAUAAUGGAUCACUAUAAGUUUUUCUCUCACUUGCCUCUCAGGGCAAUGUUGAGGUAAUAAUUUGACUCUACAGUUGCAAGUUACUGUAAUAGUAUCUAACUACUUAAUUAAAUGUUGACUGUUAUAUGAGCAUGCCAUGCUGCAUGAAUAUUGAAAGCAAUAUUCAAAUUCAAACUAUAUACUAGGACUAAGCAAUAUGCGGAUCAUAAAAUCAAUAUGCUCUAUGUGAAACGUAUAAUACAUAUACCAUCAAACUCACCGAAACAAAUCACACUUAGUAUUGAAUGAUGGACUAUUUUUGUUAACAGUUUUAAUUUGUAUUUUAUAACCUUUUUAAUACUUUUGUGCAUAGCAUUUAGAAAUGUUAUGAUAUAUAACUCCUAAAUUCAGUUUCUUGAAUGCACAAGCUUAUGCAGUAGUUGUACAGAUGUGAUAACAGCUGUAAAUCAUCUCAUGGAAAAUUGUCAUCUGACCUUAUAAAAUGUAUCUUUU